AUGUCCGAUAAACAGGAGAAAGAUGUCGAGCAGCUUGACCGUCCUAACACACAGUACUCGAAUGGCAAGCUCCAAGGGCUCUCGGAGCUUGAAGUCGAAGCUGUUGAUGGCCUUAAGACUGUCGAAAUUGGCUUCUCCGCCGACCAGGUCAUUGUUGAUCUCGACCCCAAGGAGCAAAAGAGAAUCUUAAGGAAAGUUGACUAUCGCUUGGUCCCGCUUCUAGCCCUGUUGUAUCUACUGGCCUUCAUCGACCGAAGCAAUAUCGGAAAUGCAAAGAUUGCUGGCCUCUACGACGAUCUCAAGCUACAUGGUCUGCAAUACAAUGUCGCCCUGACGGUGUUUUUCGUUAGCUAUGGGUUUUUUGAGGUGCCUUCGCAAGUCGUCCUCAAACUAAUGAGGCCCUCGAUUUGGAUUUCUAUCCUGAUGUUUUCGUGGGGCACUGUCAUGACGCUUAUGGGUAUCGUCACUACAUAUCGAGGCCUGCUUGUUACGCGAUUCUUCCUUGGUGUGACAGAGGCUGGCUUCUUCCCUGCUGCGACAUAUCUACUUACUAUCUGGUAUAAAAGAUAUGAAGUCAUGCGAAGAAUGGCUAUUUUCUAUACCGCAGCAUCCUUGUCAGGCGCCUUUUCCGGUUUACUUGCCUAUGCAAUUCAACAUAUGGAUGGGAUCUCUGGUUUAGCUGGUUGGAAAUGGAUCUUCAUCCUAGAAGGCCUCGCUCCUGUGUCUUUGUCCUUUGUGGUUUGGUUCUUGCUGCCAGACAACCCAGAGACGGCACGUUUCCUGAAAAAGGAAGAGAAAGAGUUCAUCAUAAAUCGGCUAGCACUUGAAACCGGCUCUGGACAUGGACGUGUGACCAACAGCGACCGAAUCCAAUUCAAGUAUGUCAAAGCGGCUUUCAGCGAGUGGAAGAUAUACGCGGGGGUCAUCAUUUUCUGGGCAAAUACGAUCGGCGUGUACGGCUUUACUGCCACAGUGCCCUCUGUCAUCGAGGAUCUCGGCUACUCCUCAGCAAAUGCGCAGCUGAUGACGAUACCCGUCUACGUCUUUGCCAUGGUGAUCGUGUUGAUAUUCGCCUUCUGGUCGGACAGAAUUCAGCAGAGAACCCCCUUCAUCAUGGCCGGCUUCAGCAUUGCCAUUGUCGGCUUCAUCGGGGAGCUUGCAAUCCCACACCCACGUCUCCCGGGUGUCACCUACCUCUUUCUCUUUUUCGUCGCGGCCGGACUCUAUUCGCCGUUCGUUCCCCUCGUCUGCUUGAUUGGAAAUAAUCUGGCCCCGAGCUCAAAACGCGCAGUGGGCAUGGCACUCCUCAUUUCGCUCGGCAACUGGGGCGGCAUUUGUGGUAGUAACAUUUACAUCGCAGCUCAGGCCCCAAAGUACCCCUCAGGGUUUGGAACCGGGUUGGGCAUUUGCUGUGCUGCCGUCAUCACCGCCUUCGUCCUCCGAAAGGUGUAUCAUCGUGAGAAUGUGAGACGAGAUGCUUUUAUGCAAGGAAAGACGGAUGAGGAGGUCAAGGCCAUGUAUACCGAACAGGAACUGUUGGACCUGGGGGACAGGAGCCCAUUCUUUCGCUAUACAAUUUGA